GUCCUGACCAAACAAUUCUUAUUUGGUUGAUACUUUACCUUUUUUCCAGACAAUGCAAAUGCCUUACUUACAUUAGGAGAAUUUAACUGUAUUCAACCUUCUUUUGAUUUAAGUGCCAUUGUUUACACGUACUUAAAUUCUAUAUCAUUCACUUCUUAAGUUUAAAAAAGUAAGAUUUUUAAAUACAGCGGUUAGAACUGCUAGAACAUUUAAAAUCACAAAUCUAAAGUGACAGAAAGUGGCUCCCAGGGCCUGGGGAGCAGCAGUGGGGGAGAGACGGGGUCAUUUCUAGUGAACAUCGUGGUUUUUGCUGGGGAAGGUGAUAAAAAAAGUUCUGAUAUUAGAUUACAUGGUUGCACAACUCUAUGAAUAUAUUAGAAACCAUGGGUUGGACACUUUUAAAUGGUGAUUUUUAUCGUAUGAGAAUUAUACAGCUGUUAUUUUUUUUUAAGUGACAAGGAUGUUAUAGAUUAAAUGUUUAUGCCCCCCCAUUCAUCUGUUGAAAUACAAACACCCAAUGUAAUGUGGGCUAAAAUGCAAAAUAUUACUGGAUUCAUUUCUCUGCUCCCACCCACCUAGAGCACCUUGUCAGAUAGGUACUUUCCACUUCUCUCAAUCAUAGCUCUUUGUCUGUUUCUUUCAGAGAACUCACCACACUGUGUAAUUAUCUAACUUGUCUUCUUGCUUAUCUGUCUUCCUUUUUAGACUCUGAAGUCCAGAAGAUCUGGGAUCUAGUUUCUCUUGUUCCCUGCUGUAGCCUGAGAGUCUAUCUAGCACAGUGCCUGGUAUAUAUAGUGGGCACUCAAUAAAUAUUUGUGACACGAAUGAGUGAACCCAGAUAAAAGGAAACAUUCUUAUUAAUCACAGUGUUUCUCCACUGGAAAGCUGAUGGACGGGACACUCUGAGCCCUCUUCUUGGGUUGUGUCUGCUAUUCCACGCUGUGUCAAGGACACCUGGCCCUCCAGGCACGUUGUCAGUACUGGGCACCUCUGUCCCAGAUGCAGCCCUUGUUCCGGGCUCAGACUUGGAGCGGUGAUGGCUGCGGGGAAGAGAAGCUUCUGGAAUUCCUUAACGUAGAUAGGAGCACGAGUGAGAGCCAUGGGAUGGAGGAUCAUGUGGAGGGGGAGGAGAGGGACGGGGGAGCAUCACAAUAAUCUAGGAGAGGAUGAAGCCUCAACAGCAGCAGGGCUGUAGGGGACAGGGCACAUUUGAGAGAUAUUUAGAAGGUAAAUUAAGCAGAACUUGAUGGUUCGAUUGGGUAUUGAAGAGAAGGAACUUGGAGCACCCAGAAUGAUCCCAAGGCUUUAAACAAAUCAGUGCCACAGCCCUCUCCUUUUGGCCUGUACAUUCCUCAGUCCACAGGCACGGAAAUGGCCCCACAGUUCAUUCAGGACUUACGGUGGCCCUCGCAGGUAUCCUGUCCCCCGUUGAGCUCUGACGCACACGCUCCCUGCGCUGAAGGGGCUCAGGUCUGGCCUCGGAGACAGGGACACUGCCACGGCGAUCGGUGACCCCUCUCCCGCGCGGCCUCCGGUUCCUGGCACCACUGUUUGCCCCUCGGCUGCCCCUUCCCGCGUGUGGUUCGACCUGGCGGGCGCCAGCCACAGGCGCAGGUUAUAAACGCCUGGCUGCGGCAGCCGACUGCGGACUCAGGAUGCGCCCGAAAGAGUCGGGGCGGGCCUGCGCUGGGACCCCGCCCGGACCCGGGCACCCAGCGGCGGUCACCCCCACGCCCCCUCCCGCAGCCGAUCCCGCUCCGAAGCCCUCCGCGGAGCCUGAACCCGCCCCUGCGCAGCCACCGGCUACUGGACAGGGAGCAGGAUCCGGAUCCUCAUCAGUCUCGCGACCCCCAGCCAGAGCUCGCCGGGCCUCCGAACCUGGGUCGGAGGCAGGAGUCCAGCGAGCGUCCGCAUUCUGGGGACGGACUGCCCAGUCCGUGCACCGCAACUCGGAUGCGCCGUGGACCCGUUUCAUAUUCCAAGGGCGCUUUGGUCCCCGGGCCACUGGCCUAGGGAUUGGAAAGGCGGCGGGCAUCUGGAAGACGCCGGCCGCCUACAUAGGCCGACGGCCCGGGGAGUCGGGCCCCGAGCGCGCUGCCUUUAUUCGGGAGCUGGGAGAAGCACUGUGUCCUGAUAGACCGCUGCCAGCCAAGAAGGUCACCCAAGAAGAUGUCAAAGUGAUGUUAAAUUUGCUAGAGGAGAGAGAGCGGGACCUGAGCACGGCGGCUCGCAUUGGCCAGUCCCUAGUGAAACAGAACAGUGUUCUGAUGGAGGAGAACAGCGAGCUGGAAGCCAUGCUGGGCUCGGCUGGGGAAGAGAUUUUACAGCUCAGACAGCAGGUGAGCUUGCGGGAUGACCUCCUUCAGCUCUACUCGGACUCUGACGAGGAGGAGGAGGAGGAAGAGGAGGCGGAGGAGGAGGAGGAAGAGGAGGAGGAAGAGCAUCAGUAUGGCCGUCCCUAUGAGCCCCCUGAGCCGAGCCCUCUGACAGAGGUGAAGUCAGGGCACCACUGCCCACAGCUGGGAGCCCUGCAGGAGCAGCUGAGGCUGCUGAAGGAGGAGAACCAUCAGCUGCGAGAGGCCUCUCACCUGGAUGCCCUUGAGGAGGAGGAGCAGAUGCUCAUUCUGGAUUGUGUGGAGCAAUUUUCGGAGGCCAGCCAGCAGAUGGCUGAGCUGUCGGAGGUGCUGGCGCUCAGGAUGGAGAACCAUGACCGGCAGCAGAGGGAGGUCACCCAGCUGCGGACCCAGGUCCUGAAGCUGCAGCAGCGCUGCCAGCUGUAUGGGGCUGAGACCAAGAAGUUGCAGCAGCAGCUGGCUUCAGAGAAAGAAAUCCAGAUGCAGCUCCAGGAUGAGCCCAGGCUUCCUGGCCCCCCUGGGGAGAGCAGGCACGGCUCGCUGCUGGGCAUGCCUGGUUCCCAACAGAAACUGUGGGCGGGCUCCCAGCUGCAGGACCUGCGGGCGAAGUACACGGAGUGUGGAGGCAUGCUGAUUGAGGCCCAGGAGGAGGUGAAGACCCUCCGCCAGCAAGCCCCGGUGUCCAGCGGCUCUGUCACCCACUGUGCAUACACUGUACCUCUGGAGGCACUUCCUGGCUUCCAGGAGACCCUGGCCGAAGAGCUGAGAAUGUCCAUAAGGAGGAUUAUCUCAGACCCUGUGUUUUUUAUGGAAAGGAAUUGUGAAAGGACCACAGAGGAGGUGUCAGGCCUGGGAUGUGAGCUGCACCACAGUGAGGAGCAAGAGCAGGAACAGGGGAUCGAGGCUGAGAAGGGGUUGAUGCCAGCAGAGGAUUUUGUGGUGGAAGAUUUCAUGCCAGAGGAGGAGCUGUGGGCCACAGAAGAGGUGGUGCUGGCUGAGGAAGGGGUGACAGAAGAGGCAGAGCUAGUGUCCGAGGAGGCUGAGGCCUGGGAAGAGGUGGAGCCAGAGGUGGAUGAGGCAACGCGGACGCACGUGGUGGCCUCAGCCCUGGAGGCCGGUGGCUUGGGCUCCUCCCACCUGGACAUGAAGUAUGUCCUCCAGCAACUGGCCAACUGGCAGGACACCCAUUACAGGCAGCAACUGAGGCAGAAGACGCUCCAGAAAGGCUCCCCAACCAUGCAGCCAUGGCAGCAGCAGGCCAGAACAAACAUGGGGGGCAGGGGCGUGGAGCAGCAGCCCUGGGUGCCAACCCGGGACUUUCAGAGGCUGGAGGAGGACAGGGCCAGGGAGGAAGAGGGGCCUUCUGGGGCCACCCAGGCCUUUGGGACAAAGGCCUCCACCAGCAAGGGCCACAGUUGGACCAGUCCCCUGGGCUUUGCUGUUUCCCAGCAGCCUGCAGAGGCCCCACCCACCCCAGACCCUCCUUCCCAUCCUCCAACAUGGGACCCCCUGUCUGUCCCCAGCCCACCCUCUGUCCUGAUGAACCUGGGCCAGAGCCUGAGGGCCCAAGGCUCCACCCUUUUCUGGGACAGGCUGAAGGAACCAGCUGUCCUUCUGCAGCUGGUGCAAAAGCUGUGGCUGCUGGGCCUGGAUCACGUGGUGGCCCUGGGGGCGCAAGAAGCCCAGGGGGAGGCCCACUAGCUCCCAGACCCAGCUCUGAGCUGGGGCAGGGCUCAGGCCCUGGUGCAGGAAGGAAGGAAUUCUGAGUAUCCUUCUAGCCAUAUGCCCUUCACCACUGACCCCCAAAUUAAGGGUGGCUCCCAAGUCCUUGCUGGCUUUUAGGGACCUGGCCCUCUUCCCCCAUUCUUGGCCCUUUCUUCUCAGUCCCUAAUUAUUGUUUGUAACCAGAAGUGUCUGUACCUGUGGUUGAGGAUUCCCUCUGCCUUUGGGCCUCCCCACCUCCCUGCCUGUGGCCUGUGAGUGUCCAGGCUCUCUGCCCAGGGCCCACUCACCCCUCACCCCUCACCACUGUCCUCCCUUGUGCCCACUGCUUCCUUCUCGGCAUUCUGCCCUUUCCCACCCUGUGCUCAUUAACCGCUGGCGGCUGGGGCUCAGGAGCCCCAUGGGAGCCUGCCUUGCUCCCUUGCAGGGCUUCGCACUCUCCCGUCACUUUGUCAGCCUGUGUACGUGCUGGUGCAGGAAAUAAAGGACCUGUAUGCUCUCUG